AUGAAGGAUUCGAAUUCGGAUCUGUUUGACCCGAUUAUGGCCAUGGAGUCCGAGUGGUCCCGCGGCGGUUCCACUUCCGAUGCCGAUUUCGCCUUCGCCUUCAACGAUAGUAACUUCUCCGACAGGGUUCUUCGGAUCGAGAUCAUGCCCGACCCCAUCGACGCGCGACCCGAUUCAGACGGCUGUGCCACCAUUGCUGACUGGGCGCGCCACCGCAAGCGCCGUCGCGAGGAUAUAAAAAAGGAUAACGGUGCGGAUAUUGCUUCGGUGCCAGACGAGCAAAUUUUGAACGGGAAUCAGCCUGAUUUAGAUGAGUGUGAAAACCAAGAUGAGGAGGCUGUUGCAAUGGUUGAAGAACCCAAUUCUGGUGAUGAAGCCACAAAUAGUAUUGAUUCAGACUGGAGCAUGGAUUGCUCUGCCGGUGCAGUUAUUAGAGUUAAAACUCUGCAUAUAAGUUCUCCUAUUCUGGCUGCAAAAAGUCCUUUCUUCUACAAGCUUUUCUCAAAUGGGAUGAGGGAGUCUGAGCAGAGACAUGUCACCCUCAGAAUUAAUGCCUCUGAAGAAGCUGCUCUCAUGGAGCUGCUGAAUUUUAUGUACAGUAAUACCUUGACCACUACUACAGCACCUGCUUUACUGGAUGUGUUGAUGGCUGCUGAUAAAUUUGAAGUUGCCUCAUGCAUGAGAUGCUGUAGCCGAUUGUUGCGGAAUAUGCCUAUGACACCUGACUCAGCAUUGCUUUAUUUGGAGCUUCCUUCUAGUGUCUUAAUGGCUGAUGCUGUCCAACCAUUGACCGAUGCUGCAAAGCAGUAUCUGGCUGGUCGAUACAAAGAUAUAACCAAGUUCCAGGAAGAGGUUUUGGCCUUGCCCCUAGCCGGAGUAGAGGCCAUACUGUCUAGCGAUGAUCUCCAGGUUGCGUCAGAAGAUGCUGUAUAUGAUUUUGUGUUGAAGUGGUCUCGACAGCAGUACCCUAAACUGGAAGAAAGGCGAGAAGUCCUGGGUGCCCGUCUAGCUCGUUUAAUUCGCUUCCCUUACAUGACCUGCCGAAAGCUUAAGAAGGUCUUGACUUGUACUGACUUUGAUCAUGAUGUUGCAUCCAAGCUUGUAUUGGAGGGCCUAUUUUUUAAGGCUGAGGCUCCUCACCGCCAAAGGGCACUGGCUGCAGAAGACUCUGCUUCUUCAAAUCGUCGUUUUGUGGAGAGGGCAUACAAAUAUCGCCCAGUGAAAGUGGUAGAAUUUGAACUUCCCCGGCAGCAGUGUGUGGUGUACCUGGAUCUGAAGCGGGAGGAGUGUGCUAAUCUAUUCCCAUCUGGUCGGGUUUAUUCUCAGGCAUUCCAUUUGGGUGGUCAAGGUUUUUUCCUAUCAGCACAUUGCAACAUGGAUCAACAAAGCUCUUUCCAUUGCUUUGGGCUGUUUUUGGGAAUGCAGGAGAAGGGCUCAGUGAGCUUUGCUGUUGACUAUGAGUUUGCUGCCAGGUCUAGGCCAACAGAGGAAUUUGUCAGCAAGUACAAAGGCAACUAUGUGUUCACAGGGGGAAAGGCUGUCGGCUACAGAAACUUGUUUGCUAUUCCAUGGACUUCGUUCAUGGCUGAUGAUAGUCUUUACUUCAUCAACGGUGUCCUCCACCUUAGAGCUGAGCUCACCAUCAGACACUGA